AUAAAUUUUUAAUAAUAAGUUAAUUUGCUACUUGGUAUGAAUAUCAACACAGUAGUCCCAUUUGUCCAUUUGCCCCUUUCUGCAUAAUAGUCUCAUUUCUAUGGUGCAGUCAUUUGUAAAUACCCAGCCCAUUAAAGAAAGCUUCACUAAUAACAAUUAAAACCAGAGGAGCAGAACAGACAUCAAAAUUAAAACCAGAGGAACAGAACAGACAUAAAAUGGUGCUGAGCAAGCCUUACGUGCUUCGGAUGUUUAUAUCGCAGAGGUACAUAACAGCAAACGUGGUGGACAGGAACAGAGGCCAUAUUGUGGUUACCGCCUCCUCUAUAGAGAAGGAGCUCAAGAAGCAUUUCGAGUGUGAAAGAACAAGCAAUGCCAAAGCCGCCGCCAUUGUGGGCGACGUAUUGGCCAUGCGCAUUAAAGUCGAGAGCAUCCCCGAAAUCUACUCCAACAUUCAGAAGGAGCUCGACAAGGGUUUUGGAAACCGAAAUAAAGUCUGGGCUUUGAUCAAUUCCUUGAGAGCCCGUGGUGUUAAAAUUAUCGACGAUGCCGGCCUCUAGUAUGAGAUUUUUGUAACUGUUUUUUUAUGAAUUCAGUUGGAUUCGGUAAAUAAAAUUAAAGUAUUUAAAUUUGCCA